CUGCAAUUAAACCUCACGUUGGCCAACCAUGUCUGCGACGGUGUCAAACUCAAUUCCAGUUGGGAGCAACAAUGUUGCCUCCAGGAUGGCAGAAAUUGCCUCAUCGUCAGAUGCCACCCUUUCCAAGUGGUCAAGCAGAUAUAGAGGGGCGACGGUAGAAGACCUGGAUCCUCCAUCCGCCCUGUCCUGUAAUCCCACCGACCCCAUAUCGCACGCGCUGCUCGCAGCCUACGAACGGGACUAUACGCACCUGACUGUUGUUUCGGCCCAGAACCGCGCACUCCUCGGCUACCUCUCGAUCCCGCACCUGCGGAUCCUCCUGGAUACAGGCAAGGUGAAGGAGACGGACGAGGUGAGCAAGGCGAUGAUUAAGUUCCGGAGACGGGGCAGGGUCUACCAAGUCAUCACGAUGGACACGCCACUAGAAGAGCUAGAGCUGUUCUUCAACGGCGGCGUGAACGGGGAGAAUGGCAAGCAGGAAUUUGCGGUAGUGACAGAUGAGAAGAGGAGAUUCGUUUUGGGAGUCGCUACGAGAGCGGAUUUGGAGGAGUUCGCGCGGAGGAGACCCGCGUGAUGCUUGAUUCGGAGCUUGAUUUACAUGUUUGGCGGUCGUGGAGUUUGGGGAUCUAGAGGAUGCAUUGUUCUCUGUUGCAUAUAAUGGAAGGCUAGCACUGCUGGCGUUGGGAUUUUCCAUUGGAUUGAUCUCGUACGGGAAUGUAGAGCAAGGCUCAACGUUCAAGACUUUGGCAUC